CCCUCUCGCUCAGAGCUUCCAUGUCCGCGACUCAUCGUCGUCUUCUCUGCAACUCCUGAUUCCUCUACAAAGACCAGCAGAAUCGCUCAGAUUCUCUCUCUUUUCUGUCUCUCUCUCUCUAGCCAAACCUGCACGACGCGCUGAGCACGGAGAGAGAGAGAGAGAGAGAGAGAGAGAGAGAGAGAGAGGGCGAAGCGAGCAGAGCGCUCCGUCGUUCGUUCCGAUGGAGGCGAAGCAGAGGCGUUCGCGGCCGAGGCUCGAUCGCCGGAACGCGAUAAAAAACAUCGACUACGACGCGUCGUCCACUUCCACCUCCUCCUUGUCUACUUUGACUCUCGACGACCUCUCGCUUUACUCGAGCUUCCGCGUCGAGGGCGAGGAAGGCGAGUUCGACAUCAUAUGCCGUAACCUAGGGCUCUCCGGGCCCGAGGACUUCGCUAUCCCUGUGGACGCUUGGAGGUCCAGCAAGGCUCGCGAUCUCACUCCUCGCUCGCGCCUCCAAACCGCCUUUCUAGCUUCUAAUGGCGACGCCAGCGAGUCGCCGCCUCGCGAUGUUGGCGGGUUAGCUGCUAGAAUUGAUAGUAUCGAGCUUGAUAGUGGGAUAUCCCUGUUGAAUGGAAAUAGUAGUUGCGGUUUGGGUGGCUUGGAAGCUAGAGAUAGGGCCACUAGUCGCCGGACUCGUUUCAAGCAUGGUAUCCCCUCUGCUUUGGAUAAUUGUGAAGCGGUUUGGAAAACUUGUGACACGGAUAAUACUGGGGGAGGAAUUAGGGGAUUGAGGCCUCCGGUCCUUACUCCGCCCCCAGUUUUGCUGCGGCCUGUUGUCGAUGACACGAGUUCCACUUGGGAGUUGUUGAACUCGUUCUGUCCUCAAGAAGGUACCGGAGGAGACAAGCAUUCUCCUGUUCGUCCUUCCAAUGAAAAGGAUUGGUCGGAUGGAGAUGAUGAGAAGGUUAUUAAAGAAAGGACCUCGCAAAGAAAAGGUGAUUCGGACUCUUGUUUGUCAACUUCUGUCGAAGAUGAGGAGUCUGAGGAUAAGGAUGGUGCGGGGAACAUUCUUUCUGCGAAAAUUUUGGAACCAGUGCACAAUGUUUCUCCCAAUGGGAGUUUCAGACGAACGAUCACCUCAUGGCAAAAGGGCGAGCUAUUGGGAAGUGGGUCAUUUGGAACUGUCUAUGAGGGCUUCAAUGAUGAUGGAUUCUUUUUUGCUAUAAAGGAGGUUUCCUUGUUAGAUCAAGGAAAGCAAGGCAAGCAAAGCUUAUUGCAGCUUGAGCAGGAAAUUUCUCUUUUAAGUCAGUUUGAACACGAGAACAUAGUGCGAUAUCUUGGCACAGACAAGGACGAUAAGAAACUUUACAUAUUUCUUGAGCUCAUGACCAAAGGUUCACUUGCAACCCUUUAUCACAAAUAUAACUUGAGAGAUUCCCAAGUCUCUGCAUACACUAGGCAAAUUCUAUAUGGUUUGAAGUAUCUUCAUGACCAGAAUGUGGUCCACAGGGAUAUCAAAUGUGCUAACAUACUGGUUGAUGCGAGUGGAGCUGUGAAACUUGCAGACUUUGGAUUGGCAAAGGCCACCAAAAUGAAUGAUGCUAAAUCCUCCAAAGGAACUGCUUUUUGGAUGGCACCUGAGGUCGUCAAUCUAAAGAACAGAAGCUAUGGGUUGGCAGCUGAUAUAUGGAGUCUAGGGUGCACUGUUUUAGAGAUGUUAACCCAGCGGCCUCCAUAUUCUCACUUAGAAGGAAUACAAGCAUUGUUCAGAAUUGGCAGGGGCGAACCUCCUCCAGUUCCUGAUUCUUUAUCUAGAGAGGCUCGAGACUUAAUUCUUAGAUGCUUGCAAGUAAACCCCAAUGAUCGGCCUUCUGCAGCGCAGUUGCUAGACCAUCCCUUCGUGAGGAAGCCAUCUACUUCUUCUGGCUUUGCUUCACCUCGUUUCAACAACAUAUGGUCGUAAGGUUUUGUUAGGCCAUACCUAUUGAUCCAUUGCUCCGAAGAUAACAUCUCUUUGGCUGUGAGGGGCCAUCUAUUAAAAUUGGAGCUUCUCAAAGAUCGACUGUCCUUGCGAACAGUAGUCUUGGGCUGCAACUGAUUUUCUGGUGUCUCUCUUCUACUCAAGUUGAGCACGCGUUGUUCAUCUGGGAAUUGUAAAUAGCAAGUUCGUGUUGUAUAUUCUCCGUUAAGAAAGAGAGGAAGGAGACAGGUGUUGACAGCGACACGACACCCGUGUCGCCGCCUCCGACGAUGGGUUUUCUGCCUCUAGGAAGCAUAGAAAGGUGCACGCCACUUCUACAGGAUGAGCAAUCAAUUGAGAUUAGAUAUCCUCGGCUAUCCGCGAUGGAACACGCCUUUUCCUUCGUUUUUCUCUUGUUCGUUGUUAGGCCAUUGUUCUUCCAGUGUUUUUACUGAUGUCAUGUCGCUUCAAGAAAAGCGCUUCCUUCUUUCGUGUCAUGAAAAUUUUGUACUAACAACAGUCAGGCUCGUCGAUGCAGGGGCAAAAUACUGAUUUUUUUCAA